UGAUGAACUCAUCAGUCAUCACUCUCUUUUACUAACGUAAGAUCCAAUCACAUCCUUCAAAUUUCAACCUCCCAUAUCACACCUUCACCAAUUAAUAGCAUAAGAUGGAAUUAACUCUAACACGCCCUGAUGAUUGGCACCUCCAUCUCCGUGACGGCAACCUUCUUGCUUCCGUUGCUCCGUACAGUGCUACACAUUAUGGGAGGGCAAUUAUAAUGCCAAAUCUAAGGCCUCCAAUUACUACUACAGCUGCUGCUGUUGCGUACCGUGACUCGAUUUUGAAGGUUUUGCCUUCAAAUAGCGAAUUUGAUCCUCUUAUGACACUCUAUUUGACUGAUACUACUACCCCUAAUGAGAUCAAGCUUGCUAGAGAAAGUGGGGUGGUUUAUGCUGUCAAAUUGUACCCUGCUGGUGCAACAACUAACUCACAGGAUGGUGUUACUGAUCUUUUUGGGAAGUGUUUGCCUGUGCUCCAAGAGAUGGCUGAGCAAAAUAUGCCUCUCUUGGUCCAUGGGGAGGUUACAGAUCCUGAUGUGGAUAUUUUUGAUCGGGAAAUGUUAUUUAUUGAGACAGUUUUAAGACCUUUACUACAGAGACUUCCUCAGCUUAAAGUUGUGAUGGAACAUAUCACUACGGUUGAUGCUGUCAAAUUUGUUGAAUCAUGCGAUGAAGGUACUGUAGCUGCCACUGUGACUCCACAACACCUUGUUCUGAAUAGGAACUCUCUCUUCCAAGGAGGCUUGCAGCCACAUAACUACUGUCUUCCAGUGCUCAAAAGGGAAAUCCAUAGGCAGGCACUUGUUUCAGCAGUAACUAGUGGGAGUAAAAAAUAUUUUCUUGGGACUGACAGUGCGCCUCAUGAGAGGUGGAAGAAAGAAUGUUCUUGUGGAUGUGCUGGAAUCUUUAAUGCGCCUGUUGCUCUAUCACUAUAUGCCAAAAUAUUUGAAGAGGCUAAUGCACUUGACAAGUUGGAGGCAUUUACAAGCUUCAAUGGUCCUGAUUUCUACGGUCUUCCAAGGAACACAUCUAAGAUUAAGUUGCUAAAAGAACCAUGGAAGAUCCCAGAGUGUAUAUCUUUCCCAUCCGGAGAAAUUGUUCCUAUGUUUGCCGGGCAAAUGCUUGAUUGGAAGACAUCCUCUUGAUACUGUAUGGAUCCCCGUCUAUCUUUACUGUCUCUACUUUCCAUUUCAUUUUUACCUUCUUAAUUUUUGCAAAUUCUCUAAAACAUUAAAGCUUCUGAAUUUAUUUGACUCACUUGUAUGAAAAUUCUUAAGGAUGCCCAAACAUUAAAUUCAUGGGGAAUAUUGUGAGACACCUCACCUCUUUAAGCAGGAAAUAAUAAAGGGCACUAAUUAUGGGUUCCAUUUUAUUUCGGAAAACUUAGGGCAGUCAAGCAGUCAUUACGAACAAUAUGAAGAACCUUAGUUCAUGUGUGUAAUCUGAAAUCAGUGUAAUCUGACUGGGGUUUGAUAAUGCCAAGCACUCAACGUCUCUAUCA